AUGUGUUCUUUGGCUUCAGCCACUCAGACAUCCUCGUCCCUUGCAUCUACAGUGGAUAUUUCCUCUUCUUCUCUGACCAUGUCAGAGAAUUUCCAAAAUCCACCCUUACUUGGACCUUCUAAGUCUCUGCAGCUCUCUCUUCCGGUGGUGAGCAAUGCAGCCUCCCUCACAGGAAGCGUCUGCAAUUUCUCCAGAAUCUCUGCUCCAGCCGUCAGUGCAGCAUGGCUACUGCCCUCAGCCUCUGGCACCUCUUUCCAACCACCCAUGGGUAGUGCCUACCUUUACCAACAUGCUAGCACAACUAUGUUGUCCGGAGUUACUGGCCAGAGCCAGAUCUCCACUUCAGCUGCUUCCAAUCCUGGUAUUUUUGAGCGGGCUCUCACAGGAAACACUGAAAAGAAGUCCUCAUCAUUCAGAGACUUCACUGUGACUGUCAUUGACCAGGACGCAGCUGUUUCUUCCAUGUCUAUGGCAUCCCAGUAUGAUAAAACCUCAGAUGCCAAUAAAAUGGUCCCUCUAUAUCCAUCACUUUCUGCCAGACUUGUUCAGGGGGCACCAUCUCAGAUUGCAAAUCAAGGGCAUAGCCUGUCACUUCCCUACCAGGAAGGGAGUCAAGUAUAUUAUUAUAAUCAAGACACAUUGGGGCCUCUGCUCUCUGGAGAACGUGGCCCCUACCUGCAAUCCUAUGGCUCUGUGUCUUACACAGAGAGCAGGGUCUCUGUCCCACAACCAGAAAUGGUCAUGGUAUUAAAGAAGGUUCAGCCCACAAAUGUGAUAGCACCGGCUUCCACCCCUGGAAUCUACUACUCUGUGCCUGCUCAAUCCAUCGCCCAGACAAGUUUUCAAGUGAUGGAGACUUCCCUGGGGAUAGAGACCUCCCUGAGAUUUCAGCCUCCAGGCCAAACAUUUUGUCUACCACAAAAGCCAGAAUUCCCCACAUCCUGCAGCAACAGCAAUAUCCAGAUACUUGAAAAUAAUCCACCACCUGAGCUUAUGGAUACUUCAAUGGCAGCUCCAGUCCAGAGUCCUAGUAAUUUCCUGGCACUGCCUCCAGCUCCAAGCCAGAAACAAAAAGACAAUAAGAAUUCGGAUAAUAUUAACACCAUGCUUUCAAAGCCUCUGGAUGUCUACCAGAUACAAACAGAAAACCAAGACACUCCACUGCUCCCUUUAGAAAUCCCUGAUAUUCACCAGCUCCUGGCUUACAUUGAUCCUGUUGGCCAAGAGGAUCAGUCUGGUUGUGAAAAUGCUGGUCUGGGGAAAAGUUUCCUGAGUGUUAAGGACCAAGGCACACUUGAAGAUGGGACUGAAUCUAAUGAUGGUUUUGCAGACAUAGCUACACUGGUGGAGGAUAUUCAACUUCCACCAGUCUUAAAUUCCUUGGAUGACCUAGAUCAAUCCAAAGUUCCUAAAGUGAUGACAACCAAAGAUACCAGAGCCAUCAAGUUGAACGAGGAGCAGAAAAAUUCUAGUGUUAUAAAGGCUCCUUCUGAUCAAGGCAGGAAGAACAAACAUAUGGCCUCCGAGCCUAUCAGUGGUGCUCCCAAGGCCAAAAUCAAGCCCGAGAGCCCAGAUUGCAUUAUUGUGGGAGAUCUGGCAGUUUGCAAUGCUGCAGCCAAUGACAGGGCUCCUUCAAACACAGCCAAGCAGUCUAACAGCAAACCUCAGAAAGCUGCCCCCAGGAGGAUCAGCAAAGCUAAGAGCCAUGGGCAGGAAAAGCCCAAAAGAACCAAUAAAAACAACAAGAAAGCUGAAGAGAGUAAGCAGUCAGGGAACAAAGUCAAGGUAGAGGAGAAGCCAAUGAUUCCCAAGAUGAAAUGGAAGAAAAACCAACCUGAGCUGACCCAAGAGACCUUCAAAAAGCCUCGAAGCUGCCUAGGUAUGCACAUGCUGGAGUCUGUGCAGGUUUUUCAUGCACUGGGGAAGAAGACUGAUAAGAAAACUGAACUCUCUUCUUCCCGGGCCCUGAGAAAUGCAAACAACCCCAAAGAACUCCGGCCACCUAUGGCUAUCAAACGAUGGCUGGAUACUUCACGUGAGGACAAAAGUCCUGAGAAAACUCAAGCCAAACGCCAGAAACCAGAUGGCAGUGCUGAAAAAGAGUGUUCGGCUCAAUCUGAGUACGAGCUUCCACCUCCUGGGAAAGUCAAGUUGGUACCUUUGGUUUUUCCAACCUUGGACAAGCCCCAAGCUCGACCUGUUCCUCGCAGGCCACAGUCUCUGCCAUCACGUCGGCCUGCUGUGACCAACCCAGCCCAGCCUGAUUUGACCAACUUUGUCCCAUCUGGUUCUAACUCAGCUCAACCUACUGCAGUUGAUUCAUCCCAACCAACUCCUGCAUCAUUGGCAGGUCCUGCUAGACCUGCUCAACCAAUUUCGACCAAUCCAGUAAGGCCAGGUGUAAGCUACCCUAAAUGGCCUAGUGUCCCUCAGUCUGCUGCUUCUAGGCCGGUACCCUACAAAACAUCAGCUUGUACUUCUUUCCAGCAGAAGCCUGUUCACACUGCUGUGACCAAGCCCUGGGCUCCACCCAAGCCUCAAAACCAAUAUCUACUCCAGGAUUUUGCCCACCAACCAAUUCCAUGGAGGAGACCCGAUAUUCUUGGGCCAAUAAUGUCAAAGCCCAUCACAGAUGAGCAGAGGCCAGAGCGAGAGGCCAUGAAGAAGAAGGCCCAGCUAGAGCGUGAGAACGCUGCCAAAUACACCUCUUUGGGGAAAAUGCAGUAUUUUAUUGAAAGGGAAAAAGAAAUGGGAAUUUCUCAAUACUACGGCUACGCAAAAUAA